AGCCUGAGGGGACCGUGAGCUACCAGUUCACCAUGACUUGCCGAUUGCCGGUGACGUCACAGAGCGUGCGGAAUGUUUGAGAUCACAGCCGGGUUGUUUACCAGCCGCGUGUGGACGGUGCGCAGAGGUCAACGCAGGAGGAAAGGGCAGUACAGCGCGGGAGAUCGGUGCGAGCGGGCUGGAGCGGAGGGAGUGAGGAGUCGGCCCGCGGAGAACGCCGCCAUCGGUGAUAACUCUCCGCCUGUGUGUGGAGGAAAUAUGAAGUCGAAAAUGCUUAAUUUUCUGAGUAUGUUGAGCCUGCUCUGCAUCGCUGUGCUGUCGGUUGCGUCUGCCGCUGGCUGCUCUGGACAAGAUGACGGGAGACCUCUUGUCGCCACAAGAGAAGGUCUGAUCAGGGGUGCCAUAGGCAGAAGCGUUGCCGGCAGACUCUUCUACAGCUUCAAGGGAAUCCGGUACGCGAAGCCUCCGGUUGGCAGCCUGCGGUUCCAGCCACCUCAACGACAUCUUGCCUGGAGAGGUGUGGCGGACGGUCUGUCGCACGGCCAUGUGUGUCCACAGUUCGACAUGUUAGCCAAUAACACUCUGAAGGGUGACGAGGACUGCCUGUUUGCCAACGUGUACACACCGCACCUUCCGGAGCUGUCCCGACCCGCCACCACCGGUUUGCCCGUUAUGGUGUUCAUCCACGGAGGGGGGUUCGUCACCGGCAGCGGCGAUGAUGAUAUUCACGGACCGAGCUACUUUAUGGACGAGGACGUGGUGCUAGUGACGUUCAACUACCGACUCAACACGUUCGGCUUCUUCACGACGCAUGACGCGGCAGCUCCUGGAAACUACGGCCUGCUGGACCAGGUGCUGCUGCUGCAGUGGGUGCAGGACAACAUCGCCGCGUUCGGCGGCGACCCGCACGCGGUGACCAUCUUCGGCGUGUCGGCCGGUGGAGCCAGCGUGUCGCUACUGGUGCUGAGUCCGCUGGCGAAGGGUCUGUUCCACCAUGCCAUCACCCAGUCUGGCACGGCGCUGGCCAGCUGGGUGCUGGGUAGCCGAGAGAACAACGCCGCCGAGAAGCUGGCUGGCCUGCUCGACUGUUCCACAGAGGACGUGGCCGCAAUGGUCAAGUGCAUCAGGGAACAGCCCUGGGAGAAAAUCGCCGAGCACACAAAUACACUGAAGUCGGGAUUCCAGGAUCAGUUGCGAGUGGAUCGCGAGGCGGAGAACCCACUUAUUCCGGAAGACCCGCACCUGCUGCUGGCGCGCGGUGAGUUUAAUCUGGUGCCGUGGAUGAGCGGCCUGACCCAAGAGGAGGGUGCUCUCUUCGUUCCUCUGAUCCUCGGAAACAGGCAAGUCGUGGCGGCACUGUCCACAGGAAAUCUGUCGGCCUGGGCUCGGACAGCUGAAGUGGUCACUGCGGAUGGAGUCAGCAGGCUGGACUGUGGUGGCGAUCCCAUCAAAGAGGCCAGGAAGGUGUACAACUUCUACGUCGGAGACCGUGGCAUCAACUCUUCAGGUCUGCUGCCGUUGGUGCAGGCCUGGACUGACCGGCACUUUGUGUCCCCGAUGGCGGCCGAGACGACUCUGGCCUCGCACCACGCGCCUGUGUACAAAUAUCUCCUCGACUACGACGGACCGGGGCGGCUCAGCCUAGCCCACGUUGAUUUGUUCUUGCCAGGUGUACCCGACUACGGCACGACGCACGGAGACGACAUCCUGUACCUGUUUAGCAACGACAAGCUGCCGCUGGUGCAGCGCGGCUCGCCGACCCACACCAUGGUCCGCUUCAUGGUCAACGUGUGGACGACGUUCGCGCGCACCGGUCGGCCCGGAUCGGACGUGCUGCCCAUGCCCGACUGGCCCGUGUUCACGGAGCUGCACCAGCGACACAUGCGGCUGAACACGGCGCCCUCGGUCGGCGAGAGGCUCUUCCAGGAGCGUAUCGACUUCUGGAAGACGGUGCCCAUCAAUGAGCCGUGGAGACAACCGGUGGAGGAUGGGCUGUGUCUGGAAGGACCGAACGCAGAGGCUGGCGAAGAGCCAGACGGUGACCAGUGAAGAUGGAGAAGUUCUGUCUAGUUAGUAAUGUUUGUUCUCAUGUUUCAUGACAACGAGAGCGGAUGAAGUGAAUCACAAAGGUUAGGUGAGUGCUUAUUCUAAUGGUGUCACUAGGAGGGAUUAUCUGUACGGGUUCUGUGUAUCUAUGCUGCUGAAUAAAACUUACGCUAGUGUGCAGACACAUUUCAAA